AUGUAUCCUCAAGAUUCAUAUAAUAACAAGUCUCAAAGACCAUCAUCAUAUAAUAACAGGCCUCAAAGGUAUAAUAAUAGGCCUCAGAGACCAUAUAAUAAUAAGUUUCAAAAACCAUAUAAUAACAAGUUUCAAAGAUCGUAUCAUCAAAGACCUGAAUACAAUUCGCAUCAUAACGCUUUUGAUUUUUAUCGUACUGGCACAAACUCAAGGGGAAAUCAUUGGUGUCAUCGUGGACCUUCUAAAGCAAGAGGUGGUAACUAUCACUAUUCCAACAAACAUUCUUUUUAUUAUCAGAAUUCAAACGGGUCAACAUAUUAUGAAAAUGAAAACGGACGUAGGAAAUAUACACCACCAUCCAGAAAUUCCAGGACUCAUCAACGUCGCUAUGAGAGGACAGAUUUUCGAACAUAG